AUGACUAUAUUGCCACAAUAUAUUGAUGCUGUCCACGAUGCGCCAUUCGGCAACCCGGAAGAAGACACUCCGUAUGAAGCUCAGCAACCGGACGACUUAUUACCAGAAGAAUUCGCAACGCUUCAGAUCUGGCUCUACGCAACCCCAGUCCUUCUUCUGACGGGCACCUUAGGUUCUUUGGCUUCCGUAUGCGUACUUCUUCGACCCAACAUCCGUAAGUCGACACCAAUGUACUUUCUGACGUUGCUUUCGUUCACCGACGUCGUAGGGCUCUGGCUCGGACUGUUACGACUUUAUGUCUCGCACGUUCACGACUUCGACAUACGCAACGCCUCAAAUCUAAGCUGUAAACUUCACACGUUCUUUGUUUAUUUUAUGCUCGAUCUGGGCUCCUGGUUACUCGCUUUGAUUGCCAUAGAACGCUUCUUGUUUAUCGUUUUCCCACACACAGCCAGAUUGCAAUGGAACCGCACAAAAGGGACCUAUGCAGUCAUUGUCAUCUCUAUCAUUCUAACCGUGGUAAAUGGACAUUAUAUAUUUACGACAUAUCUACAACAGCCAUGUUUAGUGUCAGAUAUGGUUAAUCUGGUUAGCAAUUCAAGCUUUCAUGUAAGUGCCACAACAGAGAGGAUUAAUCUAACUGAGAAAAUCUACAACGAUAAGGUCAUUGGUAAAGAUUUUAAAGCUCUAAAUAUUUUCUUGCCUAACGUGUCUAAAACUAUCUCGGCCGGUUAUAAUCAAUUUGGUAACAUGUCUGCGAGAAGCAGGGACAAUGACGAGGCACCUCGUUGCAGAAACAAACCUUGGAGCGAACAUUUUCACAACAACAUUUUCCCGUGGAUCGAUUUUCUAGCGUUCUUUUUCUUGCCAUUCUUCGUAAUGGUCAUCACGCACGUUGGAAUCAUUCGACACGUUUACUUAGUGAAUAUUCGCUUAAGAAAAACACUACAACCCGUUGAAAUAUCAGGACGUCAAAGAACAGCGAAUGCAGUCCCGGGUAAAGUCCAGUGUAUAUCUAUCGAAGGGCGAACAAAGACGACACUUGAUACAGAAGAAGCCAAUUCGACACUCGAUGUAGCAAAAGGAAACAAGAAGAGAAAAAAUGGGAGAGACAAAACCCAACAAUCAAAAGUUGCUGGCGUCUCCCUCAUGUUAGUUUCUGUUCUAGUUUCCUUUGCGCUAACCACGUGUCCGAUUACGGUUUUUGUUAUCCUGGGUCUAAUUCAAUCGGAAUCCCCGAACCAGACGCGAGAGGAGCAUGCUACUCAGGAAUUACAAUGGGCAAUAGUUAACAUGAUCCAGUACACUAACAACGCUUCGCAUUUUUUUUUAUUUAUCCUGACUAGCAAAAGCUUUCGCCAAGAACUUUUGCAAAUCUUGACCGAGUUUUCUUUCAACUGCAGAAAGCUUGCUUCUGCGUGCAAAAAAAGCUCAACUACAGUCGAACCGAUUUCCGCUUAG